UGUUAUCAAAUGUUAAAAGAAUUCUUGUGAUGUGGAACAAGAUUUACUUAGGAUUUUCUUAAAGAUAACAUUUCUUUUCAAUUUUUUGGCUGCCAUGAUUUUGGAAAAAACAACAACCAAGAUCAAAAAAACAAAAUGGUGAAAAAGAAUCAAACAAAAUCACAACAACAACAAAGAGCUUUACAUUUUUUGGCUCAACAUUAUUGGAAAUUAUUAUCAUUGCUAGUCUUGAUCAUUUCGAUUGGUAUUUAUUAUUAUCAAUAUCAUCAUCAUUAUGAAAUACCAUCAUCAUCGUCAAAUUACAAAAAUAUCAAUAUUAUCAAGGAUUUUCUUUAUGAAACUUGGUCAACAUUGUCAUUCAGUACAACUGUGAUUUAUAGGAAAUUUUUUUCCAACAACAAUGAUCAACAAAAUCGUUAUAAUGUGAUUUUGGAGCAAUUAUUAAAGGCUGAACAAAAUGUUUCGCUGGCAAAAUCUUCACGUAUAGCAAUUGGUCUAGGUGUUUGUACAGAUUUAGUAAUUCGUGCAUUAGAUAUAUUCGAUCAAUUUGAUUCGCCUGAUGAUGCUCAACCACAUGAUCAUAUUGAUAAUUGGAGUAAAUUUCUUGAACUUUUUGCCUAUUAUUUUCAACGUGGUGCAGCUUCUGAACGUUAUAUAAAAUCGAAGCAAGUUUAUCAAAAAUUAAUCAAUUUGAUUGAGGAGAAAAAAAUCCCAACAAAAGAAGCAAUUGGAAGUAAUGCACCAUUAAUAUCAUUACGUUUUGCUCAAGAAGGUUUUGAAAAUAUUCUGUUGGGUGCUCAAAUCACUGAAAAAUUAUUGAAAAAAUUUCCAAAUAAUAUUGAAAUUAGUGGACCAAUCAUUGAUCAAGAUGAUUAUCAUUUAAUAUUAGAAUAUAAUAUUAAUGAGCAAUGGAAUCAAUACCGAAGUCCAAGAGCAAAUCGUUUGAUUGUUCACAGUGAUGAUAAUAAUGUUAAGUUAUUAUCGAGAACAAAAUUUUUCAAACAAUUGCCGAAUUUCCGACCGGAUUUAUUAGUUCUUACCGGUUUACAUAUGUUGGACAAUAGUCCAAUUGAUUUUCAAAUUAGACAACAGGCUAUUGAAGAUCUUGCUAAAGAUUUAGAACAAUUUCGUCUUGAAAAUCAAGAAGUACGUACACAUUUUGAAAUGGCAGCAUUUACGGAAAAUCGUUUAUUAGAUUCGGUUGUGAAUCAAAUAUUUCCCCAUAUAGAUUCAUUCGGUAUGAAUGAACAAGAAGCAACAAAUCUAUUAUCAUUGAUGAAAUUUGGUAAUAUUUCCUAUUCAUCCAAUCCAUUUCCACGUGUUGCAUAUGUUUUGGAUGAAAUGCGUGAAUUGUUUUCAUUACUGGAAUCGAUUGGAAAUAAUGAACAACAUCAACAACAACAACAACAUCGUCGUAUUAGUCGAAUUCAUGUGCAUACAUUAGCCUAUCAAGUUGUUAUGACUAGAAUCGAUGAAAAAUUGAAUCGAUCGAUUUGGAAAUCAAAUAGACAAGCAAUGGCAAAAGCAUCAUUAACAGCAUAUCGUUAUACUUGUAAUUUACCAGAAAUUGAUUUAAAACAAGUCAAUAUCCUAUUGGAUGAUUCAUUUGCAAUCACAUCGAAUGAACAACAAAAUGUUGAACGCGUUCAAUUAAACGAAGCAAUUAGAUGUUGGCAAGAAAAUCUUGACAAUUCACAUUUGACUGGAAAGAAAACACGUGUUGAAAUUUGUCUGGCCAUCGGUAUGGUUUGUACAAAUGUUUUACAAACCGUUGGUGCUGGUGAUAAUAUUUCUGCUUCCGGAUUGAUGUUUCAAAUUUAAAUUAUUAUUUGCUGAAUCACGAAUGAUAUUUAUCGACCAAUC